AUGUCGGCUAGAGCUGAAGUACUACGGGAAGGGAAAAGGGAAGGGAACGAGGCCAGCCCCGUCGACGAUGUGGAUGUUGAGAAUCACCUCCUCUUUGAGGUCUGUAGUGAAGUUGGACGCCAGGUUGGCGGUGUUCAUACAGUUCUCAAGACGAAAGCGUCUGUAACAACACCUAAAUACGGCGCCCGCUAUACCUUAGUUGGGCGGCUAGUCUGCCAGACAAGAGCGAGCGAAUUCAGCCCGAUGCAACCGCCUUCACGUGAAAUGGCGUGUGCCAUGGAGGCACUCAGUAACGACGGCGUCAAGACAUUCUACGGAAGAUGGCUUAUCGACGGCGAUCCACGUGUCUUGUUGAUGGAUGUAGAGGCAGCCUACCCAUUUUUCGACGAGUGGAAACAUGAUUUUGAAAACAUCUCGGGCAUCUUACUGCCAUCUGACGACGAUAAAACCAACGAUGCCAUAACUUUCGGAUAUCUUGUCACUAGGUUCUUUAGAGAGUUUCUCAAUCACGAGAAAAACAAAGCAGUUAUUGCCCAGUUCCAUGAGUGGCCUAGUGCGCUAGGAGCUUUCUUAGCUAAAGAGGAGAAGUUCACCUUGGCAACUAUUUUCACUGCGCAUGCAACUGUCCUUGGCAGAGAUCUCUGCGACCGGGGGGUGGAUCUCUACAACGUCAUUUCAUCACUGGACGCAGACGCCGAAGCCCAAAAGUCUGUCGUGUACCACCGCCACGGCAUCGAGCGCCUCGCGGCCCAGUCUUGCGAUGUCAUGACUACGGUUUCUGCGAUCACGUCCCUAGAGUGUGAGUACCUACUUGGGAGACGUGCAGACACGAUUCUGCCGAAUGGCCUGGACCCUACCGCGAUAUCCUCCCCGGCCAAUAGCUCCGCCCUCGCCCUACGGCAUAAUAUGAAAUUGAGGAUACGGGACUUUCUCCAUGGCAACUUCUACGGCCAGCUUGACAGAUUUGAUGCUGAGAAAUCCCUGUAUUUCUUCACAGCCGGCCGCUAUGAAUUUUCUAAUAAGGGCGUGGAUUUGUUCAUUGAGUCCCUGGCGGCCCUCAACGAGCGACUGAAGACCAGUAAAGAUACGAUGCCGACCGUCGUAGCCUUUAUCAUUAUGCCAGCCGAGGUAUCCACCAUACCAGCAGAAGUGCUGCAUCGCCAGGCGACCCUCAGAACUAUCCAAGGCGCACUCGAAUCCAUCCAGCGGAGGAUAGAAAAGAGACUUUUCGACCGCACCCUUGUGUGGAAACCGGACUCCGCCCUGCCGACCGAGACAGAGCUCAUCAGCGACGCGGAUAACGCAGCGCUCCGACGCUGCCUCUACGGUAUCCGUAUUGAUGACGUUCCCCCACUUGCAACCCUUGAUAUCAUCAAUAGCCAUGAAGACCUCAUCCUCAAUCGCCUACAAGAAGUCGGGCUACAUAACGACGCAAGCGACAAGGUAAAAGUAGUCUAUCACCCGGCCUUCCUCAGCCUAUCGAGCUCAAUCCUUCCCCUUGACUACGAUGAGUUCGUCCGCGGCACUCAUCUUGGUGUAUUCCCUUCCAGGUACGAACCCUGGGGCUAUACCUCUGCUGAGUGCCUCGCUAAGGGCAUUCCCUCCAUCACCAGCAACGCCUCGGGCUUUGGUAACCAUAUAGAGAACGUCCUACGGGGCGUCAGUGGACCGGAGCAUGGACUGUACAUCAUAGACAGACGUACAAAGUCGUUUGAUGAGGCGGUCGAGCAGACUGUUGACUGUAUGUACCGGUUCUGUGAGAUGAACCAGUGGGAGAGGGUCGCACAACGGAAUAACGCCAAUCGAUUAGGGCAAUUCCUCGACUGGAACGAGUUGCAUACGGAGUACUCGAAGGCGAGACUGAUGGCUUUGCGGAAAAGGUAUCCUCAGGCGCGGUAUCUCGGCGACGAGUGUAAGGAGGUGACGCCGAAACGGCGUCCGCAAAUCAGGCAGAGGAGUGAACUGAGUUUUUCGUUCCCCCCCAGGCCUAUGGCUGACGUUUAA